GUUUGUAGUAACAUCUUCGAACUUUGCAAGAGGUAACUAAUCUCGGCCAUUAUUUCCUGAGUAGGACAAUUAUGUUUAUGCAAGGUUAGAAAACUAAGAGGAAGCUUUACAGUGUGCAUUGGAGUGUGAUAUAGUGUAGUAACGGAGGUGCACGUUGCACUUUAGUACCAAACCCAGGCAUUAGUUCCUGAGUAAGGCAUUUCUGUUCGUGCACAUCGUGUAAUAUUACAGCGUAGUAACGCAGGCAGUGCAGACAGCAGCCGGCGGCGCCCCAGCCGUGGGGGCGGAGAUUAGGGCGGAACCGUAAGAAGUGGCUGGCAAGCCGUCGAGGGCGCUUUCUGCAGCUUCAAUGGACCGUCGCUAGCAGGGGCGACCAGGAGAGAAUGAGCGGCCGCUGCGAUCCUUGCAGGAUGACAGAUGAUCUGGUCCUGCUGGACGUACCAGCCUUUCGGCAGUGGUAUCACUGGGAUUGCGGAUUAGCCUGUUCAAGGAUGGUGUUAAAGUACCUGCAUCCAGUGAGUGAGGAAGACUUCCGCAGUGCUUGCCAAGAGCUGAAGCUCACGGAGAGUGUGUGGACUAUAGACCUGGCCUACCUCAUGCAUCAACUCGGCGUCAGGCACCUAUUCUGUACCCAGACCCUGGGCGUGGACAAGGGCUUCAGGAAGCAGUCCUUCUACAAGAAGGAUUUUGACUUUGAAGAAGAAAGGGUGAAUAAACUGUUCCUCAAUGCAGAAAGCAAGGGUGUGAUGGUGCGAAAAUGCUCCGUAACUAUCCCGGAGAUCCAGACACACCUGGCUGCGGGUCACGUGGCCGUCGUGCUGGUCAACGCCAUGGAACUGCGAUGCGAGCACUGCUCUGCUCCCAUUGGCCGCCACCGCCGCAGUCGCCACUGCUGCUUCCCCCUCGUGGCCCACGGCUUCUUCUACCAGGAACCGGCUUACCAGGGCCACUUCGUGGUACUGCGCGGCUUCGACCGGCGUGCCGGCUGGUUCUUCUACAACAAUCCAGCGUAUUCCAACCGUGUGUGCUGCUCCACUGUGAGUAAUUUUGAGAAGGCUCGCAACAGCUACGGAACAGACCAGGACAUCCUCUUCCUUUACAAGGAGAGCUGACCCCAGUGUGCCGAGGCGACCUCUACGCCCACGAGCCGUGAUCUCACUGUGACGUCACCCGGCUGGGGCCCAUGGGCGGCAUCCUUGCUUGGGCGGUCAUACGUUCAUGACCAGGUUAGUCCUGGGCCGUUUCAGACUGAGGUGGAAGGUAUCCGACUGAAUGUGGAGACCCAAGAAGGCGGAUUAAAAAAACGAUGUUCCUUAAUCAUAAGCCAUACCAUUUGGAAAAUUAAAAGGGAAAAACAAUUAUUUUUAAAAUGCCUUGAAUGUAUUAAAGAUAAGAUUUUGUUAACUGCGUUUUGACAUACUGCCGUAGUUUAUCAGCAAAAUCACUGGAUGUUGCCACGCUGACUCAGGUUCUGUCCAAGAUUGAGCUGCACGUCAGCAUUCCUCAGCCCAUCGGGAAUAUGUGUGCUGAUGUCGAUUUGGGGAAGGUAAAUAUUUAGUUUUACUGCAAAGCUGUUGAGCAGCACAAACUGCCAUACAAGUAGGAAGAGAAGCUAAAACGUUUACAGUGAUGUGAAAUGCAACUGCUGCUUGGUUGUGGGAGCUGUUCUUCAUUUCUGUCUCGCGUACGUUAAUUUGGGUUUUAUCCGUCGUGAAACCACCGCUGGAUGAUAAGGUUGAUGCUGGGAGCGACCGGCAUUUCUGUUUAGGGGGUCGGCGUGCCUUUCAGGGGGGGUGGGGUCACGUCACUGUGGGGAGGAUGACACCCCAUGUAAACACAAAAAGAAACGAAACAUUUUUCAUGGAACAAGGGGAAUGUAGAAUGAAUGACCCCCCCCCCCCCCAGUAUCAGUCUCCUGCUCUUAUCUUCCUUACGUUCCCACACCCACCAUCUGGAAGUUUUCGGUGAAUCAGGUUGUGUAAAGUCCCUGAAGGCCAUGGCAUCCAGGCCCCUCGUGAGGUUUGAACCAGCAGCUCAGUGCCCUCUGCUGGUGUCCAUUUAGAAAACUUAAAUUAGUAUCCUAACCUAAAACCGACCACAGCGGUUUGCGGUUAAUUCGAACAGUGAUGUUGCGUUAAAUGUGACCCUGAAGCCUGUCCAAGACAGCACAGACCACAAGACGGGGGUCUGUCCUGGACAGGAUGGCUGUCCAUCACUGGGCACAGACAGACAGAGCCAGACGGAGGCAGACCAGAAAGUAACACCCAGCAUAGAGGUGGGGGCUACCCACAAACCCCUGGACAACGCUAGAAAUAACAGGACUGUGCUUCAGUAACUUUUAUAUAAGUGGAGUGAUUGAAGCAUUUAGGGAGACUUACUAAGACUCAUUAAUCAUUUAACAGUGCAGGUGUGACACUGCCACGUGUGUGUGCCAUAGGUGGGUAGAUCUGGAGUAAGUACCUGCACGUUAUUCCCAUUCUCGGAGUGUAUAUUUAUCGUUAUUCAGCACAAAUACAUCCAGUCUUCUUUAUCAAAAAGGGAUUCAAGCCAGAGGUUCAUCUUUAAGGGUUUAAAGACAUAUAAUAGGUUAUCAUUUAAUUUUCAGUGCAGAAGUCGUAGAGAUCAGGUUUGCCUGCAUUUGAAAGUUUAGGCAAUGCAUCUUGGGCUCAAAAUUUGAUUUCUCAUUAAAAGUGAUUGAGCCCUAAUUUUAAAUAAGGUAAUUAUGUGGAGUCUAUACAUUUUCCUGAAGUUAUUUUCCAGUCCGGGGCCUGAUGCCAGUCCAAUAAUGAACUCACACUCUCACAAACAGAGUAUUUUCGAGUCACCAUUUCAUCUAACCAUGUAUUUGGGCUGUGAGUGAGUGAGUGAGUGAGUGAGCGAGCAGGAAGUGACAUCACAACGCUGGUGCUGCGAGCUGACCACACCAGCCACCGUGCAGGAUCGCUGCUCAUUUAUAGCUGAAGAUAUUGCGCCGUGGUUUUGUGACGGUUAUCGCUAUUUAAUAUUCAAUGUAAAGAUGGUGAAGAUUUGUUUUUGUGUGUCAGUAUCAAAAGGGAUCAGCCAUUUUCUGGUAUUUUGAAUAUCUCAGAGUUCAUUAAACAGAAUGGUAAUGUUUCAGAAUCGUAAAAUUUAUUUUUUGAAGUAGAUUUCUGUAAUAAACUAUAUGUUGUGUACAU